CCCUUUUUUCCUUUGUUCUCUUGAAAAUAUUUCAUUCUGAUCAAUUGUCUUAGGCUUGCCUUAGAUUGAAUGAAAAAAUUUAAUUAAAUUGGUUUAAAUCUCAGUAUAGUAGUCAAAAUAGGUUGCUUACUAUUCUUUUUAUUUUGCUUUUAAUGUUUCUUGAUUUUUAGUUGUUUCUUGUUCUGAUUUGGGGGCAGAUAAUGGUUUGAUUGGUCAAUUUGAUGGUGGAUUCUACUAUGCUUUUCUUUUUCCCGAGAAGAUUGUUGUUUCUACCAUUGAUCUGAUAAGCAAUAUGUAUGGGAAGCAGUUGAUGAUAGUAACUAUGUGAUUACACUCUACUUAAAAUGAGAACAAGUGGUCAGCACAACAAGAGGAAUAUUGUUUCUUCAGACAACUUUCCAGGACAACGGCGGACGACUUAUAGUUCAAGAUCAAUGAAGCCUACUUAUACACGGUUUCCAUUUGGUACGAGAGCAUGUUCUGCUUGGACUGCAACUUUUAUAUGUGCUGCAGCUUUGCAAGCUUAUGAUUCGGAGAGAAGUACUCCAUAUCUAACUCCGAUGACCCAUCUAACUCCAAUGACCUCCCUGAUCGCUCAAUCUUCUCAAUAUAGGUUCCGUUUAUCAAGCAUUAGCUUAUAUAUUUGGGAAUGUUGGUGCAUCAUCAAGAGAAUGGAUCCAAGGAUGCGACGUUUCAUUCUACUGGUUUCUGCAGUAGUUAUGUUGGAACCACUGCAUUUUAUUAGCCUUCCUGAAUUUGACAAAAAUAAGGUUCUCAAUUUUCAGGAAGGUUUUGCUAUGUCUUUUACUUCGAUGGUACCAAUUUCUACAGUGUUUUGGAGCUUUAUUAUAAAUUUAAUUUUAAUAAAACAAAUUUAUCCUAUGCUCCAAUGUUUGGAGCUAUUAUUUUGGGCAUUAGCCCCUUUGAAUGUAAUUUCUGAUUUGGUACAUAGAGCUGAGAAAAGUUGGGUAACAGUGAAUUUGUAUACCAUACCAAUGUUAUGUUUUACGAUCUUAGGAGGUGUUUUGAUAGCUCUAAUGUUAGGUUUUAUAGUAUUUUUAAUCUCUUUUUUAUUAUGGUUAGAUAACAAAAGGAAGGGAUUAGCUUUUCAAAGUGUUAAUUUUAUCGAGGCUAGUAUAAGGGUGUAAAUAUAUGUAUACAAUUGUAAUUUAAUGUAAUUUACUAAUGAAGUAUUUAAUUAAUUAAUUAUUUUUGUUUAUUUUAAUUAAUUAAUCAUUAUGCAAUUGCUUGCUUAGAAACUGACUUGCCCU